AUGUCGCUGAGGCUGAUUUUACUUGUUUCUGUGUCUUCCCUAGCCAUUACUGCGGCUUGUGCGCGGCACCACGCAGCACCACAUGCGCUGGGGAAGCAUGUGCGCGGGCGCGCAGGAUGCCGUGACGCCGUAUGCUCACGUUUUCUGCAACAGAUUGGAAGUGUCACUGAAGGGCCUCUCUCGCCCCCUGCAGUCGAAGGUGCAGCUCUCGCUCCUGCUGCCCCGUUUCCUGCGCCUGUCAUAGCUGAGGCCCAACCCGCACCUACACCAGCACCAGUAAACUUGGAGGAUAUUGAGACCGUCCAGAAUCAGGUGGCGGAAAAACUGAAAGAAGCUGACGCAAUUGGCUCUAAGUUGGAAGAAGCCGUCAAUGAGCUGAAUAAAACGGCAGGGGCGAACGAGAGAAAGGGAGUGGAUUACUCCACGACCCUCAUAAAUCCGCCCCAUCCAGCACCAGAAGCGACUAUAGAAGCGGCAGCAGAAAGUGUAAGCCCCCAAAGUCAAAGCACCCCCUCUUUGUACACAGCCCCCGUCGUGGUACUGCUCUCACCCGAACCUAGCUCGAUGGAGAAGCUCGAGUUUGCGAGAGCUAUAGCAUGUCGCGGAAAAAUGAAUACAGCUGAAAUGCGGGCUAUCCGGACUGCGAAAUUAGCUGAAAUGGCUGCUAUAAAGGGGACAACCAGUGCCCAGCUCGAAGAAGAGAUCAAGGAUGCGGAGGCGCGGCUCGAGGAGUCCAAAGCGUCGAGGCAUAAACUUCAAGAAGAACUACGUCAAAUCACUUCCAACGCAGCCGCCGGAGCUGCAUCGAAGGCAGAUAUGGUCUUCUUGAAAGAUGAUUUGAGACUAGAAGACGAGAAGAUCAAGGUCAUUUUAACCAAAUUGCAGAACAUGCAAGAUCGCCUCGCGAAACUCCGCGCCAAGGAGGCUCAAGCGGAGGGGACCUUCUCCGCAAGGGGCGCAAAGCAAGUGAGGCCGCUUCCCUAA